ACGUUUUAUGGGAAAAUGUUGGAUCACGAAUAUACAACAAAAGAAGUUUUCCAAAACAACUUCUUCAGCGACUGGCGGAAGGAGAUGACAGCAGAAGAGAGGAAGGUAAUCAAACACCUGGACAAGUGCGACUUCACGGAGAUCCACAGGUACUUCGUGGACAAGACUGCCGCCCGGAAGGCCCUGUCCAGGGAGGAGAAGCAGAAACUCAAAGAAGAGGCAGAAAAACUUCAGCAAGAGUUUGGCUACUGCACGUUAGACGGGCACCGAGAGAAGAUCGGCAACUUCAAGACGGAGCCCCCUGGGUUGUUCCGGGGCCGCGGUGACCACCCCAAGAUGGGGAUGCUGAAGAGGAGGGUGCUGCCGGAGGACGUGACCAUCAACUGCAGCAGGGACUCCAGGAUACCCCAGCCCCCGGCAGGUCACCGGUGGAAGGAGGUGCGGUGCGACCGCACGGUCACGUGGCUGGCGGCGUGGACGGAGAACGUGCAGAACUCCAUCAAGUACAUCAUGCUGAAUCCCAGCUCCAAGCUGAAGGGGGAGAGAGACUGGGAGAAGUAUGAAGUGGCUCGGCGCUUGAAAGGGGUCGUGGGCGAGAUCCGUUCCCAGUACCGGGCCGACUGGAAGUCUCGAGAGAUGAAGGCGAGACAGCGCGCUGUGGCCCUUUAUUUCAUCGACAAGCUGGCCCUGCGAGCUGGGAAUGAGAAGGAGGAGGGAGAGACGGCUGACACGGUGGGCUGCUGCUCUCUCCGCGUGGAGCACGUCCAGCUGCACCCAGAGGCCGACGGCUGCUCGUAUGUCGUGGAAUUUGACUUCUUGGGAAAAGACUCGAUCCGCUACUACAACAAAGUGCCAGUGGAGAAGCCGGUGUACAAGAAUCUGCAGUUGUUCAUGGAGAACAAAGGCCCUGGGGACGGACUCUUUGACAGACUGACGACCGCCAGCCUGAACAAGCACUUGCAGGACCUGAUGGAUGGCCUGACGGCCAAGGUGUUCCGGACCUACAACGCCAGCAUCACCCUGCAGGGGCAGCUGAGGGUGCUGACCAGAGCUGAGGACAGCGUAGCCGCUAAGAUUCUGUCUUACAACCGAGCAAACCGGGCCGUCGCCGUUCUCUGCAACCAUCAGCGGGCAACCCCCAAGACCUUCGAGAAGUCAAUGCAGACUCUCCGAUCGAAGAUCGAGGUGAAGAAGAAGCAGGUGGCCGAGGCCAAGGCAGAGCUGAAGAAGGCGAGGGCCGACCACACGUCCAGCGGGGACCGCAGGUCCGAGAGCUUCCUGGAGAAGAGGGGAAGGCAGUUGGAGAAACUGGAGGAGCAGCUCGUGAGACUGAGCGCGCAGGCCACAGACAAGGAAGAGAGCAAGCAGGUGGCCCUGGGCACGUCCAAGCUCAACUACCUGGACCCCCGGAUCAGCGUUGCCUGGUGUAAGAGGUUCGGGGUGCCCGUGGAGAAGAUCUACAACAAGACGCAGAGGGAGAAGUUCGCCUGGGCCCUUGACAUGGCAGGCGAAGACUUUGAAUUCUAA